AUUUAUCCUGCUUCGCAGCUUCAGAGCUGAGACUUCAAGAGGUCCGUGUCCGCAACUCCCCCAUCUAAGCUCAUUUGUCUUCGCUGUCACUGAAACCUCACAGGUGCCGGAGAUAACCGCCGAUCAAACCAGAGGAAAAAGAUGGGGACCCUUGGCAGAGCCAUAUACACCGUCGGAUUCUGGAUUCGUGAGACCGGUCAGGCCCUUGAUCGCCUCGGCUGCCGCCUCCAAGGCAACUAUUACUUCCAAGAGCAACUGUCUAGACAUCGAACUCUUAUGAACAUAUUUGAUAAAGCCCCUGUGGUUGAUAAGGAUGCAUUUGUGGCCCCUAGUGCCUCUAUCAUUGGGGAUGUUCAAGUUGGAAGAGGAUCAUCUAUUUGGUACGGAUGUGUUUUGAGAGGUGAUGUGAACAGCAUUAGUGUUGGAGCUGGAACUAAUAUACAAGACAAUUCACUUGUCCAUGUAGCAAAAUCUAAUCUAAAUGGGAAGGUGCUUCCAACUAUAAUUGGGGAUAAUGUUACUGUAGGUCAUAGUGCUGUUUUACAUGGCUGUACUGUUGAGGAUGAAGCUUUUGUUGGUAUGGGAGCAACGCUUCUUGAUGGUGUUGUUGUCGAGAAACAUGGCAUGGUUGCUGCGGGAGCCCUUGUGAGACAAAACACUAGGAUUCCUGCUAGAGAGGUGUGGGGAGGAAAUCCAGCAAACUUUCUGAGAAAGCUAACUGAUGAAGAGAUAGCCUUCAUUUCACAGUCAGCCACCAAUUAUUCCAAUCUUGCACAGGUUCAUGCCGCUGAAAAUGCUAAGCCUUUUGAUGAGAUUGAGUUUGAGAAGGUACUUCGCAAGAAGUUUGCUCGUCGUGAUGAAGAGUAUGACUCAAUGCUUGGUGUUGUUCGGGAAACUCCUCCUGAACUUAUACUUCCAGAUAAUGUCCUACCAGAUAAAGCACCCAAGGCAAAAUGAGGUAUUGUUUCUUAAAAUUCAAAUCUUCAUAUUUGACUUCAGAGGAAUAUUUGUUGUCUUCUGCAAAUACAUUAAGAAGGGAUCACUCUCUUUUCCAAUAAUACCAGACCUGUUUAGGGUAGAAUUAUGGCUGGUUAUAAGUUUUUUGCUCUGCUCUAUUUUUGGUUGUUUAGAUGUUCUAUUUUCUUCCAUGGGAGAACUAAUGCUAUAAAGCUGAAUUUAUUUUGA